UUUUUUUUUACAUUUUGAACGUUUUCUCUUAUUUCAACCAAGCAGCCUUUAAACUUCACAGUAACCGUAUUAUUUUUCACCUCGUUUCUUCCCCUCCAGAAUAGUUUGGAAAGACAGGUUCGGCAGACGUUGUGGUGGUGGUGGUGGUGGCGGCCGCCCUAGUAUAACUAAAUUUAGACGGCGUUGGAAGUCCCCACGAGAACUCAGUACGGCCCCAAAGUUCAAGACCCAAACAGGAUAAAUGGAUUAAUCGACGUCUUCGUGACGACGUCUGCCAGGGAGAGAAAUAAAUAGAAAUUUGACAAAGUAAAAAAUGGAGCAAUUCGAGCAACUGCUGACCUGCGCCAUUUGUUUGGACAGAUACAGAAACCCAAAACUUUUGCCAUGCCAACAUUCCUUUUGUAUGGAGCCGUGCAUGGACGGUUUGGUGGACUACGUCAGAAGACAGGUGAAAUGCCCCGAAUGCAGGGCAGAACACAGGAUCCCUUAUCAAGGAGUUCAGGGUUACCCAACGAACGUGACCCUCCAGCGAUUUCUGGAGCUUCACAUCGAAAUCACUGGAGAAAUGCCAGAUCCCACCAGUGGUCAGGUAAUGAAAAGAUGUGGCGUCUGCACGGAGAAAGCGUACUGCCUGCAUUGUAGCCACUGCAGCAAAGAUGUCUGCCCGCAGUGUAAAGCCGCGCACAUGGACAUUCUUAGAAGAGAAAUAUCGAGAAUUAACAACCAGGUUCGAAGAGCGUUACACAGAUUGGAAGAUAUUCUCGCCAUGGUUGACAAAAACUGCCAAGCGUUGCAGCUCAACUGCACCUCGGUGUCCGAAGAAGUCGAUGAAAUUUACAGAAGGUUGUCCAAAGCGUUGAAAGACCGUACUGACUACUUGCGGGGCGAAAUCGACAGAUACCUCUGCGUCGAGCUCAGGAACCUGAACACGCUCAAGGACAAUCUCGAACAGGAGAUAACCAACAUCAACAGCAACUGUGAUUUAGCCGAUAAGCACAUGCAGUCCGAGGACGUCGAGUGGGAGGACCUGGAGCUGCUAGACACCAAGGAUAUCUUCCUCAAGACGGUCGAUUUUAUCCGAAACUUUGAGGCCGAGAUGGGCGAUUACGCUCGUAGAGUACGGUUCUCGAUGACCCAUGACCCGAACCAGCUCGUCAUGCACGUCAGCACCUUCGGAGACCUCAACAUCAGCAUGCCUCACCAGUUCACAUGCUCAUCCCAGCAGACGCAACAGGGACCAGGACUGAUGAGGUCGAAAAGCGAUCACAGGUUGGCCGCCCAAUACCGUCAGCAAGACGAGCGGUACGACAGGGAAGAAGGAGGAAGAGUCUCUCCGCUCAACGGUAGAAAAUUUGGCGAAAGAUACACUCGCCGGCCGGAAAGAGACUACGAUUACGACACGUACGAGGAGAACAGGCCGGCCAGGUCCAAGUUCAGGUCCAGGUUCCGCCACGGCGGUGAAAAUACUGACUCGGACAACGACACCGGAGGCGGCGGAAGAUCAGUCAGAUUCACCGAAACCGCCAAAGAGAGGGAAAAGGUCUUCGAUACGGAAGACGUCGCUAAAGGUCCGCUCAGCGGCAUAUCUCGACUUUACGAUUCACCCUUGGUCAUGAAAAGACUGAAAGACUCGGAGGUGAAGAAGGACAAACCGGAGCCACCUGAACAGCCGGUUGUCCAGCCUCCCAAGUUCCAGCCUCCAAAAAGGCCGACCCAACCGGCACAGAGGCAAGUCAGCGAGGAGGACGAGAUCACCAAAAUUAAAAAACAGAUGAAAAAUGCUCCAGGCGAGCCGAGGGAACCUGAAAGACCUGGUGCUGAAAGAGUUCAAGCCCUCAGGCGAGAGGAGGAAAGGACGCCUUCACCUCAGUCCACAAGGAGCAGCCCUGGCUCAGAUCCAUCGACAAAAGCCACACCUACACAGGGAGCUGCAGGCGCUUCAAGUUCAGAAGAGUCGGACGACAGCCCGCAAGCAUCUCUGGCGCAGAGCUCAGCGCAAAGGAAAACAUCGGUGACACGGCUGCCAAGUGUCACGCAAUCAGGUUCAAGAAGGUCCUCAGCAUCAAGUGAUGUAUCAACCCCAGCUGCGGGUUUCGUCAAAACGAUUCGGUCAGGGAGCAUGGAUUCAACCGGCUCUGCUGACUCCAGCACAAGGAGCACUGGCGCCGCUUUCACCACCGAAGAGGUCAAGCAGAAGCUGGCAAAAGCGUUGCCCACAGGCCUGCCUACAUCCACCAACCCCACACCCACCACUUCCGAACCUCCGCGGUUUCACAGCCGUUUUUUACCAGGAGGUAGUAGAGUAACUGGAGUUAGUAGCACACCAGCUGAGAAAACCACUAAAGAAGAGGAAGAGGAAGAGUCCAGCUCUGAAGAAGAAAGCAGUUCUGAAGAGUCAGAGUCUGAGGAAGAGAGUCCCCCAAAGGCAUCGGAGAUGGCAAAAACCGACAUCGGCCCCCUUCUUGCUCGAAGCGCCCAAGCUAGGAAAUCAAGCCGGGAUGAAUCAAACUCGACCCCUCCAAUAAAUUAUAGUUCUCGCUAUGGAACAUCAUCCUACGGGUCCACAUCCAGAGAAGAACCAACAACUGCACCUUGGAGGACAAGAUCUUCUACUACCACUGCUUCCAACAAUGAUGAUGAAACCCCAUCUAGAUAUGGACCGAGCGGAUUUACCUCAAGGUUUCUAAACAAGAGCAAAAGCACAGCUGCGGUUUCACCUGAAGAGGAAGACCCAGGCCUCACUCGUAGGUUUGGUUCUUCUUCGAGCAGUACAGCGAAUCAACCUAGGUCAAGAUAUACCGCUCUUAAAGAUCGGAAGGCAAGGCUGGCUAGAUCUAAAUCUACACAUAACCUCGGUGAAGAUGAAGAUGAGGAAGAUGUGAUAGCAGCCAACUCACCAGCUGCCUACCUAGCCAACAAGUACGGCACCGACCUGACGCGAUCCAGAUCAUCGCAUAACAUUAAGUCAAGAGAACCCAGUCCUGAACGUUCGACAGCAGAUUAUCGAAUUUCUGGAAGAGAAAGCCGUGCUACGACACCGCUUCGUACUCAGCCAACUGAUUACCGUAUUUCGGGAAGAGAUAGCCGUGCUACGACUCCACUCCGUACUCAGCCUACUGAUUAUCGUGUUUCGGGAAGAGAAAGUCGUGCUACAACUCCGCUGCGUACUCAGCCUUCUGAUUAUCGUGUUUCGGGAAGAGAAAGCCGUGCUACAACUCCGCUGCGUACUCAGCCUUCUGAUUAUCGUGUUUCGGGAAGAGAAAGCCGUGCUACUACUCCGCUGCGUACCCAGCCUUCUGAUUAUCGUGCUUCGGGAAGAGAAAGCCGAGCUACAACUCCACUGCGUACUCAGCCUUCUGGGUCUAGUUCAUUGAGUGGAGGCAGCAGCUCAGGAGUCGGAGAGAAGGAUGGGGCAGCUCUAAGCUCGUGGGCCCGCUACCUCAAGAACAAAUACGGAGUUAGGGGCAAAGAAGGAGGAGCAUGUUCGAGCGUUGCAAAUUCACGGAGGCUAUCGCUAGGAUUACCCCUGAGGACUGAUUCAGAUGAGGACCAAAAAAACUCGCCCGCCUCCCCCACUUCACCCACUCAACACCCUCUACAUCAAGGUUUCGCAGUCGGGUCCAGUACUAGAGGACAAUACGCUGCAAAACGUAGACAGGUGUUCAGUGUGGGAAGUAGGGGGAGUGAACCCGGCUGCUUUACAUGGCCCAGGGGGGUUGCCACCGGCCCGGAAAACUCCAUCGUUGUCGCAGAUUCUUCAAAUCACAGAGUCCAGAUUUUCGACUCCAAUGGAAUUUUCCAAAAGGAAUUUGGAAGCUACGGUAACGGUGAAGGAGAGUUCGACUGCCUCGCCGGUGUCGCGGUCAACAGGAUAGGACAGUUUAUUAUUGCUGAUAGAUACAACCAUAGGAUUCAAGUCAUGGAUCCAUCGGGGAGAUUCCUUAGAGCUUUCGGUUCUCAAGGCACUGCAGACGGCAAGUUCAACUAUCCUUGGGGUGUUACCACCGACGCCCUCGGUUUUAUAUAUGUCUGCGACAAGGAGAAUCACCGAGUCCAGGUUUUCCAAUCUGAUGGUACUUUCGUUGGUAAAUUCGGCUCGCACGGGUCGAAAAUAGGCCAGUUGGACCAUCCGCACUACAUAGCUGUUUCAAACACAAACAGGGUAAUCGUUUCUGAUUCAAAUAACCACCGGAUACAGAUUUUCGACGUGAAUGGCCGAGUGCUUUCGACCUUUGGCCAGGAGGGAUCCGAAGAUGGACAGUUUAAAUUCCCAAGUUGCAAAAGGCCGUACGAAAGGAGUUUGUCUGGUCCCGUACCAUCAACCUCGUCCUCACAGAUUGACGAUCGGCCAAUUUUGAAUAGAUCGUUUUCGAUCACAACACCCGUUACCCACUCGGAUUCCACGACGAUAGACUCGCUAUUGCACAGGUCUCCGUCUCCUCCAGGCCCAAGGGUAAAUAGGUCGUUGUCACUGACCACACCUCAACCAACUCCCAAAUCCUGGAUUGCCAGGUCGAAUUCAAUCGAAGGGACCCGCCUCCUCUCAGGGGGUAGCAGUGGACGAUCAGGGCUAUAUCCUGGUGGGAGAUUCUGGGAACAACAGAAUUCAGAUCUUCACGUCGGAGGGGGGUUUCAUCCGAGCGUUCGGGUGCUGGGGGAGCGGCGAAGGGGAGUUCAAAGGGUUGGAAGGGGUGGCUGUCAUGUCCAACUCGAACAUACUCGUCUGCGACAGGGAAAAUCACCGAAUACAAGUGUUUUAGCGAAACGGCAUUCCUUCGGAUCUUCCGACGUGCACGUGUUCGAUCCAGUCGUAUCCAAGAAGAUAAUGAUGGAAGCGACAGUUCCUCUGAUCAGUUACCGGCCUCAGACCAAAUCAACUACUUUUCCCUAUUCGUCGUCCAGUUUUUCAAGAGCACACAUAACAUGAACGCUUCUAGUAAAAUCAGCCAAUCAGAGCAAGCAGGAACAGAGGAACGAAACAGCAUUUAACUCGAGACUGUCCCCUUGUAGAAAAAAUAAUAAAUAAAUUACAAUGUUGGCUCAAGUAAAAUUUAAAGAAGAUAUUUGGACGGCCAUCUCCGGGAUUUGCUGGUACGAAACCUCGGACGACUGUGCCGCAGAAAGAACACGGUUGAUUUUAUUAUUAGAUUUCAAAAAUAUUUCCGAUUUCGACUGUGAACAAACAUUGACUCCAGUUACUUAAACUUUCUAGUCAUUUAGCUAAUUUAUUUCCCGAUAAAAACAGACAAUGAUAACGAUUUUAAAAAAUUGAAACGAUUGAUACUUUUUGUUUGCUCUGGCUAAUGAGUUGUGUUUUGUAUUUCUAAUGUUAAAUAUUGUAAUAAAUUUAAUGUAGUUAGAUGAAAAUAAAACGGAAAUAAAUAAU